AUGCAUCUUCUGACAUGUCUCCUUUAUUUGUUUAUUGCUGAGGUGAAAAGCCAAACUAGAGAUUUGUCCCCAGCUAGAAUUUUGGCUCCACUGAAUACCGUUCGAGAGGACAGUGGACUUUUUUACGAACCUGCGAUGGUCCACGCCAUUGGACACAACGUCAUCAACAUUUCUGUCAUAGCAAACGUUGUAGCUGCAGACCUGUCCCUGUUGGGUCCACCGUCCAUCAGCCAGGGAGCACGAGUUACUUUUGUGUGUUCUCUUCCAAAUGUCCUGCAGACUAUGGGUGACUGUGACUCGGUGCAGUCGUAUCUGAUGAGGGAUGGGGUCAUUCUCCAAGUGCAGGGGUUUGAGCUGAAGAAUUCCAGCGCCACAUUUGUGAUACAGGAUAUUGUGCAGAGAGACGCGGGUCAGUACAGCUGCGUGGUGCGACCUUCUCAGUGCUUCAAGCAGGAUGAGGACCGAGUCACUGGAAAUAAUGUUAUCAAUCUUCAAGUCAAAGGUUUCCCUGUUGGACUAACAGUCUCUCUCACAACGCCAGUGAUGUUAGUUCUUCUGGGGAUUUGUGCUUUUGCAAUUAGAAAAAAAGCAAAACUGAAGAAGUCAAAUACAGAUGAAAAACUGCAGAGUGCCACAGGGAUCGAUGUCCUGCCCUCUGAUGCAGAAGGUUUGACCGCUGAAGAUAAUGGAUUCGUUCUCUCUCCAGAUGAUUCCUGGAAUAAUGAAGAUUUUUCGGGCUCUCAAAAUGUUGCCGACCCGUACAGUUAUCCUGCCGAGUUUGCCUCUGAGUACGAUGAAGUCUUGGCUUCUGCAGAAGAAUAA